AUCUGUGACUGCCGGACUGACAUUAAAACAGACAUGGCGCGUGUUACUAAGAUCCCGCAAGUGUUGAAUAUUUUCGUAUUAUUCUGUGUAUUUUUAUGUUGUUUCACAAAUGUAGAAAGUAAAAAUGUUGAAUUAGAUGAAGAUAAUUGGCGACAAAUCCUCGAUGGGGAAUGGAUGGUUGAAUUUUACGCGCCAUGGUGCCCUGCGUGCAACGCGCUAGGCCCCGCGUGGACUGCGCUGGGCAACUCUGCAAAAGAGAGGAAUCUGGAAUUCAAGACUGGCGCCGUCGACGUCACCAAGACCCCGGGCCUGAGCGGGCGCUUCGUCGUUACCGCCCUGCCUACCAUAUACCAUGUGAAAAAUGGCGAGUUCCGCCAGUACAAAGGGCCUCGCGACGCGGACUCGAUGCUCGACUACGUGAAGCGAGGUCUCUGGAAGAAGACUGAGGCUGUGCCUUCGUGGAAAUCACCUGACUCGAUACAGAUGGGACUUGUGGCGCACUUCUUCAAGCUUAGCCAAGCAUUGCGGGGAGUCCACAAUAUGCUGAUGGAGACCUACGGGCUGCCUACAUGGGGCUCCUACUUCAUCUUCGCAGUGGCCACUAUCUUCAUCGGAGCCCUGCUUGGACUGUUAAUGGUGUGCAUCAUCGACAUGCUGUACCCGCCGCGCGCGCCCAAGGUGCUGGUCAGCCGCGCCGAGGCCGAGCGCAGACGGGAGCAGGACAAGAGAUCUGAUGACGACCAGGAGCUGAUAAACGAUGACAUAGUGGACGAUGCAGAGCUGGCUCCCGACAGCGACCCUGAGAGAGUCUCACUCAGCGAUACAUCGGAGGACGAAAAGGAGAAGCCGGCGGCGGGGGCGGGCGACGAGGCGCGCGGCGCGGACGCGCCCGAGGUGCGCAAGCGUAGACCGCGCAAGGCCGACUAGACGCGCGGUACACCAGUUCGACUCCCGGCCGCGCCUCACGGUGCUAGCGGAGGUUACUAGACGACGGGAACUAGGGGGAUGCAAUUGAUAUUGUUUCUUUUAAAUGAAAUAAAUAAACGGCUUAGCUCAUAUAAUUUUCUCGGCAUAUACCCGACAAAUUGAAAGUCACGUACAGGCUUAUAAACAUGAAUUAAAAUUAUUUCAAAGUAAAGUGAACUUUAAGUAGCAGGGAUUAGGUUCACUUUACGAAGUAAAUUGUACUUUCUAUAUUAUAAAUAUGGAAGUUAGGAUUUUGUAUUAAUGUAUUAUUUCUCUACUUUUUUGGGCGUAUGAGAAUUUAGAAAUCAUUCGGGGCUCCUAAUCAUGAGUUUGUUCUUAUAACAACACUUUGUGAUGAUCAAAUUCGUCGGGUAUAUGCCGACAGCAUCUCUAAUUUUCAGCUAUAUAUUUAUUUCAUUGUAAUGGGUACUACAUACGAUAAUUAAAACGCAUUUUCUAAAACUGUUAAUACAUGUUAUUAAUUAUUAUUUUUAUUAUUAUAUAAUAUGCCGUUUUUAAUAAAUUCAUUAUCAUUCACAAAAAAAAAAUACCAUAAUAAUAAAAUAGUUUAUGGUGUUAUGCUGAGGGGCUUGAAAUAAAACUUCUUAGUCGAUUUAACCCUCUCAAGAUGGUGCACCCCUUAUUAAAGGGAUCAAAAGUUAAUGUUGGUUCUCCAAAUUUUAAUAAAUAAAUUAAUAAUAUGUAAUUAUCACUUAAUAACCGAUCUGCGUUUGUUUAAUAAAAAAAAUAAAACCUUAAAAUUUCAAUCUGAAUAUGUUAUAUACUCAGAGGCACAAUUAUCCGCCCACUUUCACAUACUCGCUUCAUAUAUAAGGGGGCGGAUAAUUGUGCCUCUGAGUAUAGAAUUUCUAUGUUCGAAAGACUGUUGGACGUAUGGAUGUAGUAGUAAUGUACACAAACGCGUAUGUGUGUAUCAACGAACGGAGUGUCAGCACAACAAAAAGGUAUUGUUUAAUUAUUUCGAGUCAAUAGAGGCAUAGAUACCCGUUUAACAAGAAACCGUUACUUUGCAAUCACUCGUACAGAUGAUAAUUUAUAAACAUGUUUCUGUUUUUCUGACACUCCUUCAGUUCACACAAACGUGCCUGUCCGUACACAUCACUACAACAAAAGCCAAACUGUUUCCCGAUAAUAUACUCGGAGGCACAAUUAUCCGUUCACUUUAGUAUACUCGCGUCAUAUUCAAGUGGGCGAAUAAUUGUGCCUCUGAGUAUAGAAUAUCUACGAUCCACUUCCAAAAUCCACGUGCAUGAAGUCGCUGGCUUAAGCUACUAUACUACUGCAAAAUAUACUGGGUGACAUUUUUAGUCGUCUCCAAAAAAAAUUGGCGUGACAAUUAAAUAAAAUAGAAGGUUGUGGCAUUAUUACUUUAUUUUUUUAUCUUAUUUCUACUAACUUAUUGAUAUUUUUUUUUCUAUAAAUAAAUUCUACUCAGGUAUAUAAUAUUAUGAUAUUUUUAUUUCAUUCAAAAAAACCGAUUGUGCUCCGAAUUUUUUACUAUGCAGACCAAAAAAGUCACUCAGUAAUUUAUUUUAAUAAAUAAUAAAUAUAAAUCAUUCGGCCUAACAUGCAUCAACGACUUAUUAUCUAAUGAAGAGAAAAAGACAAGAGUGGAAAUAUCGCUCUCUUUUUCGUACCAAUGCAACACAAAGGAAAGAGCUAUAUUUUGUGUUGAUAUUAGUCAACAUUUUGCCUUGAAAUAAUAUUUAUUUGUUUGUUUAUCAAUAAGCAUGUAUAAUGUGUCGGGUGGCACCGACAGUGAUUUUACCAUCAUUUUGUGGUAGAGAAAACACACAGGACUUGUGACCCUGGGUGUAGGUUUAAAGGAUCCGAAUGCACUAACACUCCCCUCCAGAACAUGUCGAGCAAGGGAAGUAGGGGUGGAUACCCACACUAAACAAUUUAUGAUCAAUAAUUACAACACAAAACAUUAUUGCACAAAAUUAAGAGCACGACUAGCAGCGUGACGGCGUUCACGCUGCCUAACAAAGGACUAAACUCAAGUCAUCAAAAUCCUCUUAUAUAUACCAUCACUGUCGCUCGAGGAACUUCUAACAUACGGGCUUAUCCAGUAAAUUUAAACAAAAUGACAAAAAAUAAUUAUCUAAAAGAGAAAAAAAUAAAACAAAAAAAGAAUGAAAUAAGUAAAAAAAAGAAAAUAAAACUUGAAAUAAUGGUGACUAAAAACAACAAAUAAAGAGAAAACUUACAUUUUCUCGCAAAAUUAGCCAGUUAUCUGCAAAAAAAUAUUGUCGUGGCGCAUGUUAGGCCUAUAUGAGGCCAUUAAAUGACAGGAGUUUUUACUAAACACAAACUUAAUUAAUGUGUUGUUUUUUUGUAAUUACAAAUUAAAUUUAAUAUACGUUGCACGUUUUCGUAACUGCACCAUUUUUUUUAUAAUGUUUUAGUUAGCCACGCACCAUUGUUUGAUAAGUAUUAUUAUUAGAUUUUAACAUAAUUUACGUAAAUUUAAUUAAUUAAUUAUUAUUAUCAUUAAUUAAUUAUUAUUAUUUUAACACACACUGGUGACAUUAUAUUAUCAUUAAUUGUGGAAUCGACGGGAAUCAAAUCCAGCAGGCCUAUUCACUUUAGUGUAUUAGUUUAUUAACAUCAAAUCAUUAGCCUAUUGUUAAUAAAAAUCACAAUGUCAAACACGUUAGUAAUUUUGAUUAUUUAGCAAUAGAUUAAUAUUGAAUACAAAAUCAAGCGAUUUAAAAAUCACUAACAAUGUUUAGUUGAUAAUUUUCACUCGCAUAUAGUUACUCAAAGUUAGAGAAUAGGCCCUCUGGAUGUCGCGGGUAGUUGUUAACGAUGUCAGAAUUUCUAAUGUGUAACUUUUCCUGCCCACCAAUCCACAUUGAAGCAGCCAAGUUGGUCGGAGCUAUAUGUAUACUCUCGAAAAUGAACAUUCAGUGACUAUUAAGUUAAUGUUCAUAGUUCUAUAGCUCAAUAGUAAGAGGCGUCGGACUAAUGACCGAGGGGUGGUGGUUCGACCCCUCCAAAAAAAAAUUUAGAAAUCUAAAGUCUAUAAACGAUUUAAAUAUAAUUGAAAUUUGAAUGAUGACUUUAAUUUGUUUUUCUCUUUACAUCUCUAAAAUACAAUUUAUACAUUUUUAUCAUUUUUAACAGUUUUUUUUUCAUAAAAUAAAUUAACUUGUGUGUUAAUUUAAAUAUUAUAUAUUUUUCGUGUUAAACAAUAUUCCGUGUAUUUAGAAAUAAAUUUAUUGAACAAUGCACAAUUAUUUACACCAACUAAAGCAAUAAUAUUACUUAUAUAAAAUAUAACUAGUGUAUCUAUAAAAUUAAUGCAAUUCAAUCCGCAAACAAAAUAUCACAAAUAUAAUCAGAGGCAAAAUUAUCUGACCACUUGAAUAUAACGCGAUUAUAUUAAAUUGGGCGGAUAAUUAUGCCUCUGAGUGUAGUAGUUACACCGCGACAGACAUUGAUUCGAUACCCAUUGGCUACCCAAUUUUUCAUGUAUUGUAAAAAGAAAUUACAUUUCAUUUGGUUGUAUAAAUGUUUUUUUUUUAUUAUACUCUUUAUUUUCUAUCUUCUUUUACAGUUGACUGAACAUUUUGAAGAUCCGAAACUGGUCUUUUUAUAAAAUCUCGAUUGUGAACAUUCCUAAAUGACAUAAUUUUACAAAAUAUGUACUUAACUGCCAUUUUUAUGUUCUACACAUUCAUUAUAAUGCUAGUUGGGCGCAUUUCAUAUUUAUGCAUAGCCUUACCUAAAGACUGUUGGUAGGUAAGUUAACUAAGGAAGAAUUUUGUAUUCUGUACGUUCCUAUAACAGUGAUCUGCAUUUAUUCCAGGCAUUGGCCUCUUAUAAUAAAAGGACGCACAAUCAUGUAGAAAAUUUCACUUAAAAACUGACCAAUUUUGCUUUGACAGUUUUAGAAUUAAGGUAAAGAAAAUUAUACUUACCUAAAGACCUUUAAAAUUCAAAGGUCUUUAAAUAUAUAGUCCAAUAUUCAAUAAAAUCCCAAAUUCAGAGCAAAUUCAACCAUAAGAAUUGAGUUUAAGGUUGAAUUUGCAAAUGCGACUACUUGAAUUGAGUGCCAAGAAGUUGUGUUUGGCACUCAUUGAGUGGUGAUGUUUUUUGGUCGCUGAUUGUGCAUCCACUUUUUAAUAGGAGUUUGAUGAUAACAGGUCAGAAAAAAGGAGUAAGUUUCAGUCUAUAGCAAAUAUUGAGGAUUCUGUUUUUUUUUCUAUAAUUUUCAUAGAUAAUAAAUGAGAUUUCAAAAUAUAACGCGUGGCCUUAAGUAUCAUGGCAGACGAUUAAUUGUAGUUGUAUUUCAUGAAGACAACUGAGCUGAGGUUGAUUUUUUUUGUAGCGCUAUCACAAUUUUUGGUCAUUGUAUGCACCAUUUUUUAAUAUACUCAGAAGCACAUUUAUCCGCCCAUUUUAGUAUCGUCGUCGUCAUCAACCCAUAUUCGGCUCACUGCUGAGCUCGAGUCUCCUCUCAGAAUGAGAGGGGUUAGGCCAAUAGUCCACCACGCUGGCCCAAUGCGGAUUGGCAGACUUCACACACGCAGAGAAUGAAGAUAAUUCUCUGGUAUGCAGGUUUCCUCACGAUGUUUUCCUUCACCGAUUGAGACACGUGAUAUUUAAUUUCUUAAAAUGCACACAACUGAAAAGUUGGAGGUGCAUGCCCGGGACCGGAUUCGAACCCACACCCUCCGGAAUCGGAGGCAGAGGUCAUAUCCACUAGGCUAUCACUGCUCCAUUUUAGUAUACUAGCGCAUAUUAAAGUAGGCGGAUAAUUGUGCCUCUGAGUAUAUUUUUUGAGCAUAGAUUUCCCACUAUGUAGACUUAUACAGUGCUGCAUUAAAACCGAAGCGCAGUGGUCUUCGUGAUUUAGAGUAAUAUUAAUAAAUGUAAUUUUGGCAUAUUGUUAAAAAAAAUACAGUCAAAACUCGAUUAUCCGGACCUCAGUUUCUAUCGCCGUUUUUAGUAAGUUUAUUUUUUAUUAUUAAGCAUUUUAAACCCCGUAAACCGCUUGAGCCGUGAUACUCUGCCUCCGAUUCCGGAGGGUGUGGGUUCGAAUCCGGUCCUUGGCAUGCACCUCCAACUUUUCAGUUGUGUGCAUUUUAAGAAACUAAAUAUCACGUGUCUCAAACGGUGAAGGAAAAAUAUCGUGAAGAAAUCUGCAUACCAGAGAAUUUUCUUAAUUGUCUAAGAAUAAAGUGUGAAGUCUGUGAAAUCUGCCAAUCCGCAUUGGGCCGGCGUGGUGGACUAUUGGAGUAACUCCUGAGAGGAGACUCGAACUCAGCAGUGAGCUGUGAGUGGGUUGAUGAAACAGCUCGUAAAUGUAGUCUAUACAAAUAGUUAUGUAUUUGUUUAGCGAGUCCCGGAUUUGAAUCCCGAAAAGGAAUUCUAAUUAAAAAUCCCGAGCCUACUGAGGUUUUCACCUCAAUCACACACAAGUCACAAGAAUCAAUGUAUUUUUCACCUCAAUGGUGAAAAAAUUACAAGAUGUGAUGUGAUAUUCAUUUGAAUACCUGCAGGCUAAUUCACUAUCUUUGACGUAUGCUAGUUGACAUAUUAUAUGAAAUUGAGAUUAUAAGUAACAAAUGUCAUUCAGUGCCUAUCCUACAAUAGGUGAAUGACAUUUCUCAUUUAAUUUGACGUUUUUUUUCAAUAGGUUGUUACUGAAGACCAAAAUAGUGAAUAGGCCAGGUGGAUUUUACAUUAUCCUAUAUCUUAGAUAUGCCCAUAUGGGAAUAACUAGGAUUUACCACUUUCUGAUAAGUGUCUUAUUCAAAUGUUUUUUCUUUAUCAUAGACAUAAAAUAAGAAAUUGACAAAACUUGCGGUUACAACUUUCCGGCACUUAUCAGAAGUUGGUAAAAUAGGCCCUUAGGCCUAGUUCGGACAACUUUAGUAUUUUAGUCGAGUACGAACAAUUUUUGGAUUUACCACCCAAAAAUUGUUUGUACUCGACUAAAAUACUAAUGUAGUCUGUACGGCCUCUUAGUCCGGUUAAUCGAGAUUACUAAAUAAUAUGUCAUCGUAUCUACGGAGUUGUAUAUCAAUAUUUGCUGCGUCAAGUCGUGGACAACGACAAAAUUGCCUUGUACAAAGACUAUAGAAUGUUUCUAGAGGGAAUUGUAAUUAACAAGCAUAGUUGCUCGCUAAUAAAAGUAAUCGUAUUUAUA